CAUGUAGAAAUUCUUCAUUCCGACGAAAAUGUUAUUAAUGCUUUUAAGCAUUUGGAAGAAAACAUUAGAUCUAAAUCAAAUGAUCCUAAAUUGUAUCCAGAGCUUAAUUGGGAUGCGACUGUUAGGAAAUCUAAUGAACUUUGCGAAGAUGAAAAGAAAUUUUCCCAUGAUAGAAAAACUCAUAUUCGUGAAGCUUUCGCAAAAUAUGUUGGUGUUGAAGUUGAUGAGAUUCACCUUGAUGACAUUCCUACAAUUGCAUUUACGGGUAGCGGUGGUGGAAUUAGAUCUAUGAUUUGUGUUACUGCAUAUCUUCGUGCUAUUCAGGAAAGUGGACUUUAUGAUUGUGGCAUAUAUGUUUCAGGUGUUAGUGGAAGUGCCUGGACUGAUGCUCCAAAAGUUUUUAAGGCACUUGCUAAUAAUACUGCACCACAGGAAGCUGUUGAAUUAGCUUUUGGAAGUUUAGUUCAGAAAAAAGACUCUGGAAUUCAUUUGUCACUUAUAGAUAUUUAUGGUGCAUUGUUAGCUGCAAAGUUGUUAAUAGGGCCCGAUUCUACCAUUCAAUCCUCAGACUUUAAACUGAGUUCACAAAAGAAAUAUGUAGAAGGUGGAAAAAGCAUGUUACCAUUAUAUGCAGCUAUUUAUGAUAAUCGUCCAUGGAAAGAUUACCUUGAGCCAGAAUAUGCAGCUUUAAUUCCUGAUUAUGAACAAGUCUUAGAAAAGCAUAAAAUGAAAAAUGGAUAUUUUCAAUGGUAUGAAUUCACACCUUUUGAAGUUGGUUGUGAAGAAUUUCCUG